AUGAGUCGCCCAUCACCGGCAUCAAAUGCGAGUGCCGGUUCGGUGCCUCCGUCCGAAUCGCGAGUCUCCUCAAAAAGUUGCUCGGCAAGCACCGAUGGUCAAUCACAGCAUGCGAACAGUGAAGAUGAGCAAGGAAUUUGCGAUCCACUUAGUAUCGAGUAUCUGCAAGUGGAAAUAAUGGAAAGCAGAGUACAGUUGACAUGCCCCGAAUGCACUGAACUCAUGCAUCCAUCGGACAUCUACUCGCUGAUGGCAAAUUGCCCGGAAAUGCUGGAAAAAUAUGAAACAUUCGCAUUACGGCGUGCUUUGAUGAUGGAUCCGGACACGCGAUGGUGCCCAGCACCUGACUGCACGUUCGUUUCCAUCUGUCGCCUUUAA